CAAGCAGAAUAACAGCCGACUUUUACUGUUUUAACAGUUUUUGAAGUUUCAUAAAUUUAUGAGGCAGGUAUCUACAACUGUCUGACUGUACAGCAGGUGCCUACCCUGCUUACUAAUCUUUUAAAAAUGUACCGGUACUGUAGGUGGCGUGACGUAAAUUUAUAUCGGAGGCGCAUCAUACCGGUAUUGUUUCAACAUGGUUACGGUACCGGUAACUGAAUACCAUGGUUUCAAGUUAAAUUGGUGUAUAGGUUCCACUCCCAUUUAAUUUUUCUGAAUGACUCAGAAGCUAUUUUCAAUUGACAUAACUGACAGUAUUCCCUUUGCCCUGGCAGCCUGGUGGCCAAAACAUUCAUUUUUACCAAGCUCCUUUAACUCGUUUUGUAAUUGCAGUUAAAUCUCUUGGCCUAAUAUGUAUCACUUUUCUUUGUAAUCUUGGGUUCCAUAUGGAUUUAAUAUUACAAAACUGGAGAAAGAGAGACGGACCCCAUACUGCCAUAGCUAAUUUAUCAAUGAACACUCAUUUCAUUAGUUUUGGGUAGGAUUUUGACAGCUUAAGUCAUGCAUAAGGAUGAAACUGAACAAUUUAACAUCAUCGAAUAUGGAAAAUAUGUGAAAAUGGGUGAUAAAAAAGUUGUUCUCUCAGAAAUACGAACACUCAGGAAUAAUAUUUCCAGUCUUCGAGGGUUUUUGCAAGGUUGUCAACAUACUAUCAACUCGGAAACUGUCAAGUUGGAAAAAGAAUGCUUAGCCAAAAUUCAGAGCUUAGAAUCCAAACGACUAGAUUUAGAGCGAAAUUUAACGCUGGUCAAGGAUGAACGCAACAAAUUAGUUUCUGAUAAAUCAAAAUGUCAGGAAACUAUUACGGAAUUGGAAAAACAACUUGUAGAAUCUAAGAAGGGGGAAUCAAAGCUUAAUUUACAAAUUUCAUUUCUUGAAUCCAAAAUGAAAUCCAAAGUUGAAGAAUGCUUAUCUGUUAGAAAGCAUUUGGAGAAAAAUAAGUUCAAAUGUCUGGCUCUUGAGAAUAAAUUGGCUUCAAAUCAAGCCUAUGUCCAGGAGCAAAAAGUAGUUCUACAUGAAGUGGUCGCCGAUCACAAACAUUUAGAGUCAAGUACUACUGAUUUGAAAUUUCAAGUUGCUGAAUCAGAAGCUUAUGAAAAGGCAUUGGAAGAACAUGUAGCCGAAUUAGAGGCAAUUUGUUCCAUCCUACGUGAACAACAUGAUGAACAACAAAACUAUUUCUUACAAAAAGAGGUUGCGUAUAAAAGAUCUGCCCAGGAAAAGUUGGAUAACAUUAACAAAGUAAAUAAAAAAUUGAUUUGUGAAACGCAAGAAUUAAAUUCAAGAUUAACAGAAGAAAGUCUCAAAUUGAAUCACCAAGAAACUAUUUGUAAGAAUGUUGAAAGACAAAAGGAAGAAGUCGAAACAUUAUUGGAAAAAACACGCAACAAUCUCAUGGAUGUUCAAGAUAAACUUCAGGUCGAGAAAAACACAGUCGAUAUGCUUGCUAGGAAAAACGAUGAUUUGUCUCACCAGUUAAUCCAAGUUCAAAGUGAAGUGCGAAGAUUACAAGAAACAAAAUGUGAACAUGCGCAUAAUGACAAAGAGUCUGUAGAUAGAAAAGCAUUAACUGAGAUCGGGAACACAGUGCAACAAUAUUUUGAAGGAAAUUUAACAAUAGCAAACAAAUUUGAGACAUCAUUGAAUUCUAAUAAUCAAGAUAAGAUUACAGAAUGCGAGAAACAACUGGCUUUUGAAAGGCAAAAACGGUUAUCAGCUGAAAUAAAACUUGAAAAUCUCCGAGUAGAAUUGGAAAAGGCUAAAGUUGAAUCCGCGGUUUGCAGAAGUUAUAAUACACCUCGAAGAUCUUAUCGUAGCGGACAUGCUAGAACAUCUAAAAAUGAAAAUCAUAACAGAUCAAAUGGAUUAGAAAAGUGCAAUGAAUACAGUGAGUUGCUAUCUCGUAAUGUACCUGACCCCUUAGUGGACGAGUGCAAUGUUUCAGACAUCCCUGUCCAAGAUGUGGACAUUUUAUCUGUAACUGAUCGUCAGGGAAGGUCUUCUAAUCUCAGUCCAGCUCAUGAGGAACAUUCUGUGCAAAGCUUAAAUAUGUCUCCACCAUUUGCUGCGGAAAGAUUUGCUAAUUUUAAUGGUGGAAAUUCUAUUUCUCCUAGGGCAACUCAAAAAAUGGAAGAAGCUAAGAGAAAAGCUCUUGCUCUUCUCAAUGGAAUAAAAUAAAUUAACAAGGCUCAAUAACGUAGUGUAUGUCCCGAAUCUAAAAAUCUUUUUAAAGAUGGUGUUAGCAUACUUUAUGUAAAAUACUUUAAAAACAUAUAUCUAUUACUUAUUUCACAUUUAUGCCAUGAUUUCCACACAAAGUAAAAAGUGAUUUCAGUUAUGUUGACAUUUCCAUUUAGUGAUCUAAAGCAGGAUGUUCAUUUUAAACAAAAUUUAACCACACCCGGGUUGUAAGAAUGGUUUCCCGUGAUUCAAAGAUUAGGGUUGUAGCAGAUCCUGUCGUUCUAUAUUUCGCAAAAUCUGGGAGAAUCUUUUUCGUUGCCAAUUUCUAUUCAAAUUUAUAAAUUAUUCAAUAUUCAUUAGUAAUUUAACUCCAUUGAUCAAUGCAAUCAUUUAAGUAAGAUGUGCUUGAUACGUAUUGUACUCGUUUAUUUCAACCUCGUUCAAUACUCACAAUGUACAUACUAGGAGUGGUCGCAAAUAUUUACGAACAGGGUGGCGUUCUGGAUAUGGUAAAUAGUAAUAAUCAUUUUUAUACAUAUGUUUUACUGAAACAAUAGACAGGUAGAGCAGCAAGCUCUGUAAUUUGGGUUAAAUUCCCAAUAUAACCUCUUUAUACUAAUAUCUAUGACAACCCAGCACCAACUCCAUGGUUGUAUGGAAACAAUUAACAAUUUUUUGUGCUUUUGGUGUUCAAAUUAAUCAAUUUUAUCCGCUUUCUGCACACGCGCUAUAGUGUCUUGUCAUUUAUAUACACACAGAUUAGCCCAGGGGUAGGUGGACUGAAUAUUGCCUGAAAAAUAGAUUGAUUUUAAGAAUCAGUUAUCCAAAAUUAUUCCAGGUUAUGUCUAAAAAUAAAUUUCUUAAUGCAUCGAAUGGUGUACUUUAACCUUUGUAACGAUGACCUUUGUCUGAUAAAUGUAAUCUGUUUUAUUCACUGAAAAUUCUGGAUUGAAUGAGUACCAUACUUAUAUUCUGUCUGCUAUGCGACUGCAAUAUAUAAUCCCAUUAUCAAAAAGAUUCAAUAUGCUACUAACCCACAGUGUGGAAGAACAUGUUCCUUUGUCAUCAUGUUGCCUUCAUGUUUCAUUGCAUCUCGUUCUUAUUGAUUACGCUAUUGUAAUUUUGCUCGUUCAUUUAUUGUAACUUUUCCUCUUCAUGUGAUUGCGCCAGAGCAAUCUUGCAUAUGGUCUGAAAACAUAGUGUCUAUAAUAUAGUAAAAUAAGUAUCGGAAUCUCGCCCAAUGCUCAUUUCUCACCAAAUUUCUACUUGCCUCUAAAAUUUUCAAUCAUAAUUUUGGCUCUUGUAGGUAGCACCCUGAGGAUUCAUACUUCUGUUUCACGUUUUGUUGUUUAGUUAUUUUCUAGUUGUUUUUGCACUUAAUUGGUUUGUUGUUGCACAAUAAAGAUCUUAUUUUUUGUAUUGGUGUGUACUUUUUUUUUUCAAAUUCAGUACUGGUUGAAGUUAGAUAACACUGACUUUACAACACUUAGUUUUACAAUUAUCA